AAAUAGAAAGGAGCGUUUCUUCUGCUAAAUAUGAAGCUUUGCAGGCACUAUGUACAGCCUGUUGAAUAGCCUUGGAUUGAGAGAGAGAGAGAGAGAGAGAGAGAGAGAGAGAGAGAGAGAGAGAGAGAGAGAGAGAGAGAGAGAGAGGAAGAGGAAGAGGAAGAGGAAGAGAGAGGAAGAGGAGAGGAGAGAGAGAGCGCGCGCUGCUCACCCACUAGAAAACGGAAAUGUUCAAUGUGUUCAGAAACGCUUGCAUAUUUCAUUCUGACAACUCACUACCAUAUUUUCCAACAUGAAAACGGAGCUGGAUCGGUGCACAGAUCAGUAGCAUCCUCAUUGGAGUGGCUGUCACAUGAAUUCUUUGGAGAUUUCUGGAGAAAAGAGAAAGAAACUGAAACGGCAUGAAUGAAUUAAUCAUCCCUGUUAUCACAGCAUCUGCAGAGGAUCUGAUUAAGAGCUUCUAUCAGCACUGGAUAAAACAGUAGGUUUGUAUUUUAUUCUCUCUCUCAUGCUCUUCUUCAAUGUAUAUCUGAAAAAGUCUCAGAAAAAAAAAAGAACCACCAAAGUAAGUCAUCUUUGGACAGUGGCAGAGCCACCCUGCACUGAAGCAAACCUUUCUUCUGUGUGAUCCAGACUUCUCUCCCUCAAAAGAACAUAAAAUGUCCUUCCAAACACCUGUACAGUGAUGACUAUCAUAUGGGAAUUUGAAAAGCUGAAGUAUGACAUAGUUAUGAAUCAAGUGAGAAAUAUCCAAUUUCCAUGAUGUCCUGGAAAGCCUUACCACAAAAUAAACAAGAGGAGAAAAUUUGAACAACUUUUCAUGUGUGCUUACACAAUGGAGUUCUGUAAUUGUGUAUACAAAUCUGACGCAUAAAUACAGCCAGUUUUUUUUAAAGCUCCCAAAUCAUAUGUAGAGGCUAACAAUUGUGGCAAAAGGUUGUUUUAUACUCUGUCUUUCUGACCCACUGACUUGUGGACAGUACAGAAGUUACUGUGGAUUUAGAUUUUGAAUGACCAGUAGGCAAAGACAAUUUCUCUGGAAAUAAUCAUGACUGAUAAUUUUACAUGUAACAAGACAGAUGGAGACAAUACAGAUUUCCGGUACUUCAUUUAUGCAGUGACAUACACUGUGAUUCUUGUGCCAGGUCUCAUAGGGAAUAUAUUAGCUUUGUGGGUAUUUUAUGGCUAUAUGAAAGAAACCAAAAGGGCUGUGGUGUUUAUGAUAAACCUAGCCAUUGCUGACUUAUUACAGAUUCUCUCUUUGCCACUGAGAAUCUUUUACUACUUGAACCACGACUGGCCAUUUGGUCCUGGUCUCUGCAUGUUUUGUUUCUACCUGAAAUAUGUUAACAUGUAUGCCAGCAUCUACUUCUUGGUCUGUAUCAGUGUGCGAAGGUUUUGGUUUCUUAUGUACCCCUUUCGUUUCAAUGACUGCAAGCAGAAAUAUGACUUGUAUAUCAGCAUUGUUGGCUGGCUGAUCAUCUGCCUUGCCUGCCUACUCUUUCCUCUCCUCAGAACCAAUGAUGAUACCCCAGGUAACAGAACCAAAUGCUUUGUGGAUCUUCCUAUCAGGAAUGUCAAUCUGGCCCAAUCUGUUGCCAUGAUAACUAUUGGAGAGGUGGUUGGGUUUAUUACUCCUCUUAUGAUUGUUCUAUACUGUACCUGGAAGACAGCUUUGUCAUUACAAAAUAAAUAUCCCAUUUCUCAGCAUCUUGGAGAGAAAAAGAAAGCCCUGAGGAUGAUUCUGACCUGUGCAGCGGUGUUUCUAAUUUGCUUUGCACCUUAUCACUUCAGCUUUCCUUUAGAUUUCCUAGUUAAGUCCAAUGAAAUCAAAAGCUGCUUAGCCAGAAGAGUGAUUCUAAUAUUUCAUUCUGUGGCCCUGUGUCUGGCAAGUCUAAACUCCUGCCUUGACCCAGUUAUAUAUUAUUUCACCACUAAUGAGUUCAGAAGACGUCUUUCAAGACAAGAACUGCCUGAUAGCAUCCAACUCCAAACAAAAUCAUAUAAAAUUGUGAAUAACCAUGGCGCCUCUCCCACGGCAGCUGAACUGUGCUAAAUAAAACCUGAAACUGAAUGUGGCCUUGAAUGCCACAUCCCCAUCAAGACAGUCUUCAUAGAAAAUACUCAUAACCUUUCAGUGUGCUCUAUAUUACGUACAUGGAGAAUGCACAUACUUAUGACAAUACCUGUUAGAAUAUUAUGUUUCAUUUUCAUUGCUGGUGACAUGUCCGUGCAGUAACGCCAGACCAGGUCUUUGAGACUUAAGUGGUAAAGUUUUGAUAAUGCUCUGUGCACAUAUGCUCUGAGCUAGACUCAUCAGCUUUAUCUGUGAACCUAAGUCACAAAGAGAUUACUAUCUCAAGCCCAGUUUAAGCACUGAGUUUUUUACCUCAGAUGCUGAAUCUCUAUUUAAAAUGUGUGCAAUGGUCAAUUUGUAGUAGUGAUCACAGUUUGCAUUCCAAAAACAUAUUUGGUUGUGCUUCAUUAAAGUGAGGUGGGCAAUACUUUAUGUACACACAAUGUUACAAAAAUAGGGUUAUUUUUAUCUCCCACGUGUGAUUCCAUUAAAGGAUUUGAAACUCCAAUGCUUGAUUUCUUCAGUUAGCGUCAAUGUGAAACAUCAUCUGUCAUGUUAGUUGUUGAAUGAAAUUCUGAAAUCAGGAUUGGGUACACUUAAAAUAAGAACAACAUCCAUAACACACAAUAAUCCUCUGCAAUUGUAUAAAAUGCUACAUUGAAUAUUCCCAAGGCAGGUAGUUUUCUACAGUUAACCCAGCAUGACUCAGUUGCCCUUUAUGCUUUAGAGAAAGGAAAGAGGUGCCAACCACAAGGCUCUCUGAAACUAGUUCCAAAGAACACCUUCAGAAAUGUAUGAACCUGUCUAGGAGAGGGAUAGUUUUUCAUCAUAACUUAGAAUUACAUUGAAGAAAUCUGACAGGUUAUUACUGAAAUAAACAGUGUGCCAAUUAGUCACUAAGCUUGGGCAGAGUGAAAAUAUGAACCAAAGUGAAGCAUAAGACUUAAAAUUACUAUUGUCCUUCAUAAAUUCCCCAAGGUAAAUGGUGCCUAUCUAGGCAUCUACAAAAGCCAGAGUAAGACACAAAGAUACUGGUCUUCUUAAGUCUACAUUUUUUAGAUAGGUUAUAUGAUUAUUAUGACUACUAAGCAUAUACGGAUUACCUCUCAAAAACUGUGGAAAGCAAUUCUUUCACCUUUUGAGAAGAGCGUACAUGAUUCCAGUAGCCUUACACAUUCCUUACAAAAACUUUGUCUACUACCAGUUUAGACUACUGAGCAGGAAGAACUCUGGUAUGUGACAGUAAUGUGACAGUACUGGAAUAUUCUGAAGCAUGAUAUACAUUGUAAAUAAGAUUACUUUAAAAAAAUCCUUCAAUAGAGAAUGGGGAGAAAACACUCUUCUUUACAUUGAGCAAAUACAGAAAUCAAACAAGACAUAUAUGUAUAUAUGCAUACAGUGCAGUUUUAGGUAUAUAAGUUAAUGAUACUGCAUGUCUUUGGGGAAAUUCAUUAAAUCGACAUGAAUUUUAGCUUGUAAAACUAGUGAGAAACUUCUAAAGUUUGGUCUGAGUAAGUAACAAAAAAGUAUUGUUUAUGUUUGUACAGUUUAUGAAAAUAAUGGAUUAGGAAAAUGAGUUUGUGCUGCUAGCAAAAGUAUAUUUAUAUAUUUCCUAGUUAUUCUUUGUAAUGUACAUGUGUUUUGAUGUAUUAAAUAAGUGUUAACUUUUGUUUUCAAAAGAGAAACUAUAAAUGUGUGUGGUCUAUUUGUUUAGAAGUGAUUUCUAGUUGACUGUAAUUUGGUAUUGUAAUGAGAUUACGAGUAAUCAUUUGUGAAACUAUGAAACAAUUGUGGGUGCUUGAAAUAGUGCUCAUAGUACUCAUACUUAAAAUAGCUAUGCUUACCAUUUCUUGUAGCAUGAGUUACACUUUUUAAAGUCACUUUGAGAGAUCACUAAACUUUUUCUAACAUUGAUUCUACUAUACUCGUACCAUUUUUAAGGGAAAGGAAAUGCUCCUAGGACAUUAUUAACCAUUGUAGAGUGGCUGAGAGUCCAGCUCACUUGUUAAAUAGUCCUCUGUCAUUUAGCGGUAAGUCAAGUGUCUAAUGGUUUUAUGCUAUUUCUCUACCCAGACCUGUCUAUCUGGGUUUGUAUUCAGCAUCUGAAUACUGAAUCAGAAUCAUUUCCUGAUUCUUCAUCUUCCUCAUCAACACAUUUGAAUUUUGCUUUACCCCCUUCUGAUCAACUUAUUCACAAUAAGGUGCUAAUUAUAAUGUUAACUUCAUAUCCAUUUACCAAGAUAUAUCUGAAGUUCAUACCUUAGAAAUAGGCAUUAACACAAAGUGGUGAAAUUCAAAUGGAGCGAUUUCAGGCACAGGGAGCUGUGGUGGAGGGGAAGACAUUGUAAAGUAAGUGAGCCUUACAGCAAUCUUUUCAAAUAAUGCAUUAUAAAUACCCAUCUACUUCAGUUGCCAUUGUAAGGAUGCUAAAUUCCAAGAAAUAGCUCCAUAAACAUUUUACAGAUUUUCGCUUGAGAUUUUUUCUUUUACCCUUUCCCUCUUCUAACACUGGACUUAAGUUUUCAGAGAAUAAAAACUAACAUUGGAGAGAAAUAGUGCUUCAUCUACCCCAAGUAGCUGCUUCUUUAUUGAGAUUCCAUUCUCCUUGGAAAAUCUUUUCUUCAAAUCGCUUAUUUAUCAUUUUGAGUUCCAUACGAUUGAGUUCAAAGAGAAUCUGAAUUAUGACAGUGUAUAAUUAAAGAUAAAUCAUCUCAUAUUACUUUUGUAAAGUUGUGAAUUUUUUGUCUCAAAAUUAAUCAAUUAUUUUAAUAAGAAAAUUUGAAUAUAGAUUGUCUUAAUGCUAAUAAUAUUGCCUUUAUUGCUGCCUUUAUUAUUUUAAUGAAAUUGUUUUUAUGUUACAUGUUUUCAUUUUCAUGUAAUAAACCAGCAAAUCCUAUUAAUCAGUAGUUUAUGAAGAGGAGCCAUUUGGCCAAUGAAUAACAGACCAACUUACCAUGCUCUGUGAGGAUUCACCAGUGGAACUCUGCACAACUUAAUUUUUAUGCCACCUUUUGGGUUAACUUCCAAGAUACUGUGAAAUGUUGUUAUUGGAGUUUAUUUACAGCUCUUAUUUAUCAUAUGGAUUUUAAUAAUAAAGUUUAUCUCUGUAAUUAAA